AUGGCAACAAACGUGAUCAAGAUUGUCCAAGUCAGCCCCUCUACGAACUCGGCACUCGGCUCUCUCAAUUCUCUCAGUCUCCCGCUAACUCUCUUUGACUUGCCAUGGAAAAACUUACCCACUAUGCAACGAGUUAUCUUCUACAGACUCCAUGAGUUAUCAGCCGAGUCCUUUUACUCCCAGAUCUUCCCCAAGCUCGAGCGUUCUCUCUCCAUCACCCUCCACCACUACUCUCCCUUCGCUGGCCGCCUUACGUGGGACGCUCAAGAUCCAAAGCCUUGCAUCCUCUUCUCCCAGGGCGACUCAGUCACGCUUACCGUGGCAGAGACCGACGCAGAGUUCUCCCGCGUUUCAGGAGACGGACUGCGUCCGGCGGCAGAGUUACGUUCCUUUGUUCCGUCUUUGAAAGCCUCAGAUGAUUCUGCAUCUGUCCUUUCCGUGCAGAUCACGUUUUUCCCAAACCAAGGGUUCUGCAUCGGCGUCACAUCGCACCACGGUGCUGUCGACGGGAAGGAACAUGAAGCUACUAAGAAUCUACCCGAGGAACUAACUCCUAGUUUCGAUCGUACGGUCAUCAACGUUCCGACCAGACUGGAGGAAGAGAUCUUGGGAAUGUCGGCAAAGUACAGGAACAACAACAUGAGGACGCUGAAGCCAUCCCCGGCGCCUGAGAUAACUGCUGAUACCAUCCGUGCCACGGUUGAGCUAACUCGAGAGAACAUAGAAAAACUCAAGGAGCAAGUCAAGAACGAGUCAGCUCGGCCACUCGAGCUGCGCUUGUCAACUUACGUCAUUGCUUUUGCGUACGCUUGGACUUGCGUGGUGAAGGCAUGUGAAGACGGUGCAAACAGACCGGUCGGUUUGUUGGUCGCAGCGGAUUUCAGGCACCGGUUAAGUCCGCGAGUUCCGGAUACUUACUUCGGGAACUGCGUGUUUCCAAUAGGUUUGUUCGGAUAUGAAGCGAGGGAAUUUUCUGGAGAAGAUGGUUUUGUCAAGGUGGUAGAGAUCCUAAGUGAUUCGCUAAAUGGUUUGGAUACGGGAGAGAUAGAGUCACACUGCAUGAACUAUGUGGAUGGAGUGAAGAAAAUUAAACCGGGUGCACAAAUUGGGGCAAUCGCAGGGUCACCCCGGUUAGGGAUAUAUGGAGUAGAUUUCGGGUGGGGCAGACCUGCUAAGACUGAUCUCGUGACCAUUGACCGCACCGAGGGAUUCUUCUCUUUGUCAGAGAGGAAGAAUGGGCAAGAUGGUGUGGAGAUGGGAUUGUGCUUGAAGAAGAGUGAGAUGAACAUCUUUCUUUCUUUAUACAAAAACGGCCUCUAA